CGAUUUAUAAAUCAGCAGAAAAUAAUUAUUCGUACGUAAAACUUAUUUAGCACCUUAAUGUAAAAAUGAAAAUAAAACAAGGCUGUUAUAAUUAUUUUUUGUUUAUAAUUAAAAGUUUUUAAAAACAAAUACUAGCCUAUCAAAUGAAUACUUUGCCAGUACCCUAACUACUUAUUUUGCCUGAUUUAAGGGGUAAAAAUACUCGGCAUUAUAUUUAUGAUUAUAUCGUACUAAAAUUGAUCAUGUUAUUAAAAUGGCAUCGAAGUGAGUGCUGAUGAACCGUUGAGUUUUUAUUAUGGCGAAUUCAAAUCAAACAUCCUUUCAACAAGAAUUUAAUCGCCUUUCAUUUCUUGCAUCAAUUGCAACUGGAACAUCUCCUGCAAACAAAGCUUCAUUUCAAAAUUCUUCAGAUGACAUUAGUAGGGGAACAAAUAAUGCUAUUGGAAAUAAGAGUAUAGAAGCAAAUUCUGCAUCUAAUAACAGUUUUUUAGUAGAUUCAUCAGCAAAUGAUAUGUGUGCCUCUGAUAUUGGUAGAAUUAACAGCUUGUUAAUAAAUGCAAAUGAACAAGCUGAUCUUUUGAAAACUCAAACAAAUAUUAAGAGACAGCCCCCUACUAUUUUACGAAAUCGAACAAAUCAUUCCGCUAAAACCCCAGUUAAUAGUUCUAGAAUGCUCUCUCCUUUACUACCUGCUACCAAUGGAACACUUCAAAAUCUUCAUUUAAAAAAAGCAUCACAAAUUGUAUCGAAUAUUUCAUCAAUAAGUCAACAACCUUCUUUGCAAAGUACUAGUUCUUCAUCUUCAAUGGUUUUGAAUCAGAUCAGUAGCGCAAAAACAAACUUCGGGCAAACAGUUAUUUUACCUGCAAAUCUUGCUGGAGUGUCAGGAAAAGUUCUCAUAGUUAAUAAUCUAAAUAAACCACCUCAAACAGUGUCACAAAAGUUAAGUUCACAAGAUGUUAUACAAAAUAAUAUCCAGCACAAACCAGUUAUACUUAUUCCAAGCUCAACAGAUCAACAGCAUGCUCAACAAGUUCAAAGUAAUCGUUUGCCUCUAAUUGUCAAUUCAAAUCUUAUAAAAAAUAACCAACUGCCUGCUUUGCAGCAUAUACAACCUAUUUCAAUGAAUUCUUUUCAAUCCAUUCGCCCAAAGUCUUUUGUGCAAAGUAUACGUCCAAAGAUGGAAAUAGUGAGUUCUACAUCUUGUGUUAACAGUCAAGGAAUUCGUCUUUCUCAUUUUCCUAUUUCUAGCUCUGUAACAAUAAAUCCUUCAAGUGUAGUUGUUUGCAAUCCUCUUCAGAAUACAUUAAUAGAAGCUUCUUCUAAUUCAUCAUUAAAAACAUUUACAGUUUCCGUUCUUCCCUCAGCAUUUGACAAAGCUAUGAGUGAGCAUUUACAAACUUUGGAAAAAAUUGAACCUCAUUUGUUUACUCUUAAUAAAGGAUUGUUAAUGAAUCAAGGUUCCUCUCAUCUUAAUGAAGAUCAAAUGAAACAACAUAUAUUACAAAGUACAAAUCAGUUGCAUGUUGUCACUUCUACUAUCUCGUCUUUACAAAAUUCAAUAUCUAAAGAACACAAUCAAACAACUCAAUCUGCUUUGCAACAACCUAAUACUAAUGUAAUGAUUUCUCCAAUUAAGCAAUCUUCAAACACUGUACUUAAACAGAAUGAAAAUCUCCAAAAUGUUAUCAGACAGCAGCAACUAAAACAAUUGCAAGAACAGCAUACUGCUAUUAUUAAAAAUCAAGUACAACAACAAGCUCUUGAACAAGCAAAACAGCAACAAAAUGAACUUUUUGUUCUACAGCAGCAGUUGAUUCAACAAGUCGAAAAUCAAAAACACAUGCAACAAAAGCAACAAAGGUUCAUAAGUAACACAAUAAACCAACCUGGUUUGCAAGCAAAACUUCAAAUUCAACCUCAAAAUAUAAAUUUGUUGCAAACAUCACAGCAAAAGGCACCAUUAAAGUUGUUGUCAAGCCUUACAAAUAUGGUUAAUAAGUCAGUAGCACCAAGCACAGUAACCAAUGGUAGAUUGUUAACGAAUAAUUCUAAUGAUCAAUUUUUUCUAAUAAAUCCAUCUGUUUCCAUGCAAAAUGUCAGACCAGUUCUUGUUCAAUUACCUGGAGGAAAUACUGUUUUAUCCACUCAACUAGUAAAUGCAUCUCAGUUGUCAUCUGCUCAAUUAGCCGAAUUGCAAAAGUCAUUGUUAAUACAACAAAGCAAACUUAUUCAGCCAAUUGUUUCUCAGCAACAAAAUGUUAUUAUUUCUAGUAGUAAUCAAAAUAGCUCUAUAAAAAGUAACUCUGUUCUAAACUUUAAUUUAGUUUCAAGUUCAUCUAUUUUUACUCCACAAACUGUUCUAGUUUCUUCAAGUAAAACUCUUGCUGGUCAAAAUAUUAUUCAAAAAUCUGCUUCCACUAGCCAGUCUUCUGUUAAUUUUAAUGAUAAAACCACAGAUAUUAGCAAUUUGUUUAACAAACAACUCAGUAAUUUAUCUUCCAUUCAAAAAGACCAACUUUUAAAACAAUUAGGAAUGGCUGGUUUAGGUAAUGCUCAACUACAAAAAACUUCUCUAUCAAAUACAAUGUUAAUUUCUUCAAUUUUAAAAAACUCGACAACAGGUACUGCACAAGAAGAGCAAAAACAACUUCUGGCUCAACAAGUAAAAAAAACUAACACAAUGACUAACAAAAUUCGUUCAGUAAAACGCUCUGCACCUAUUGAAGUUGCUACACAGCAAGAACAUAGAUUAACUAAAAAAUGGAAACAUGUUUUGACUGAAGAUCAAACCCAUGUUGUUUCUCCUGAUAUUAAACAUCCAUUUAAAUCUUUAAAUGAUGCUGUUACUAGACUUGUACCAUACCAUGUUUUUUCUUCGAAUGAUGAAAGUUGCAAAAAAGACUCACUCAAAUUUGACAUACUCUUUGAAUGUUAUGCAAGAAAUGUUUUGGAGCGAAAAACAUGGUUACUAAACAAAUUCAAUAGAAUAAUGUUUGAUGAAGAUCUUAUAAUAUCCCCUAGUGAAGAGGCUAUACAAAUUGCAAGGCUAUUUAACUCAAAUGAAAUAGAAAACCUGGCAGAGCAGAAAAGUGCUUUACAAGAAGGUCGAUCUACAAUAGUUGUGAAUGAAAAUGGUUCUCUAUAUUGUGUUGCUGUGGAGGAGCAAUCUUCAAUUGAGCUUCAAAAUAAAAAAAGCUUUAGUAAAGUUAUGUUACAAUCUUCAGAACAGCAACCUUUUGAAGAACGUUUAAGAGUUGCACAUAAAGAUAUAUCGCGCAUUAACUUUGAGGAAUUUGAUGGAAGUGAUGAAGAAGAUGAGCUAGAGGAACAAGACGAAGAAGAAGAAAUUCAGAUUCGAGAGUUUGACUGUUAUAAAGAUGGAACUUUUAAAAUGGAAGAUAUUGAGCUUACAGCAGCAACAGAUAAUCUACUUGCUGAUUUACAACAACAAGAUGAUUAUAAUAUGAGAUUUGAACUAUAGAUUAGUUCAUUUACGAAUUCGAUUUUUAAUAUAAGAUAUAUACCAUGCCUUCGAUAGGCAAUAUUUUUUCUGCAGUAAUAAACUUCUUUCAUGAAAUUUUGAUAUAUGCGUGUGUCACGUAAUUGUAUAUACGUUAAUACAAAUAUAUAUUAAAUAUAUAUUUAUUUUUCCAUUUUUA